UGUCGUGCGUCAGUCGCGCGGGUCUUGCUGCUGCCCCUGGGCACCAGACCCUGAGCCAAGCGCCGUCCUGCAGAGAAGCUGCGUGCUGCAGCACGUCAAAGGUCCCUCGCUCCCACCCUCGUGCCGUCGCUGGUCAGUGGCACGUGCACGGGCCGUGGGGUGGCCCCACGCUGCACAGGCCGAUUGGGAAGCCCACCAGGACUGGCACAGCAGCACGAAGCGCAGGGUCUCACUAGACUAGUUGGUGUCAUGUGCUCUGGACAGGGACAGGGGCUGCCUGCGCCUCUGCGGUAGAGCUCCCUGCUCUGUUUGACUCUUCUAGGUCCUGUGUUUGGCAGCAAGGAUAACUUCCACGGCCUGGCCAUCUUCCUGGACACCUACCCAAACGAUGAAGCGACCGAGCGUGUGUUCCCGUACAUCUCGGCCAUGGUGAAUAAUGGCUCCCUGUCCUACGACCACAGCAAAGACGGGCGCUGGACAGAGCUGGCGGGCUGCACUGCUGACCUGCGGAAUCAGAACCACGACACCUUCCUGGCAGUUCGCUAUUCCAGGGGUCGGCUGACGGUGAUGACUGACGUGGAGGACAAGAACGAGUGGAAGAACUGCAUCGAUAUUGCAGGAGUCCGGCUGCCCACUGGCUACUUCUUUGGGGCUUCUGCUGGCACUGGGGAUCUGUCCGACAAUCAUGACAUCAUCUCCAUGAAGCUGUUCCAGCUCAUGGUGGAGCAUCCUCCUGAGGACGAGAACAUCGACUGGACUAAGAUUGAGCCUAGCGUCAGCCUCCUCAAGUCUCCCAAAGACAACGUGGACGACCCGACCGGGAACUUCCGGAGCGGGCCCCUGACGGGCUGGAAGGGGUUCCUGCUGCUGGCAGAGCUGUGCUGCCUGGCCCCUCGGCUCGCCGGUGGCAUGGGCAGCGUGGGCAGCCUGGUGGAGAGGCAGGAUCUGUCGCCCGUGGAGCUGCGGACACCCCUGGGCGGCGUGCGGGGUCUGCGGCAGCCCGACGGCCUGCUCCGGAAGGGCCUGAGCCAGCGCGAGCUCCUGGGCUACCUGCACGGCCCCCGGCGUGAAGCGCGGCCCGAACGCAAGUGCCCGGGGGGCUCCUGCAAACGGGACUAUGAGAGCGACCGCGAGAACCGCUCGCCCGAGCGCAGCCCCCGCGGGGCCGACUUCUCCAAGAGCUCACUGCCCGAGCGGGGCCGCUUCGACAAGUGCCGCAUCCGGCCAUCGGCCUUCAAAGCGGUGGCAGGGAAGGGCCUGGUUUCCAUGCAGGGCCUGUCUGCGUCCAAGGGGCAGAAGCUGUCCAAAAGUAACGGGAGCCUGCACACGCUGCUGUCACUGAGCAGCUCCGGGCAGCCUGGCCCGCUGCGCACCCACCUGCUGCACGCCAUCAGCCUGGACGAGGGCUCCGCUGCCGGCUGCGGCUCCUCGCACAACUUCUCCUCCUACGUGCCCCGCUUCAAGCCAGCCCCGGGCCAGCUCAGCGCCUCCGUGGGCCACAUCAACCACAUUGGGGGCUCUCUGGACAGGGCUUCGCGGGGCCCCAGGGACCCCCUGCGACCGGAGCCGGUGCCGCUGCCCUGCAAGAGCACAGCUACGCUGAGCCGGCUGCAGAGCCCCGGGGACCCGCCGCCACCCUACGAGUUCACGUUCUCCCUGGAGGACGUGGUAAAGCAGCUGGAGGACCGACUGCAGGAGAAGGGCGGGGAGCUGCGUCAGCUGAAGCGCAGCCUCAGUGAGACCGAGGACCCCUUCACGCAGCUCGACAAGGCGCAGCAGGAGAAGAAGCGGCUGCAGGAGGAGCUGAGCCUGCACCAGUGCCAGAGCGAGGAGCUGCGGCUGCGCCCGCUGCCACCCGACCGCGCCAGCCCCAAGCUGGAGGAGGCCAAGUGGGAGGUUUGCCAGAAGGCGGCUGAGAUCUCCCUGCUCAAGCAGCAGCUGCGCGACUCGCAGGAGGAGAUGGCCCAGAAGCUCAGCGAGAUCCUCAGCCUGAAGACACAGCUGCGGGAGGCCAGAGCCGAGGUGCAGGCCCGCGACUCUCAGCUGGCGCAGCUGGCCGAUGCCUUCCCUGGCUCCCCGGAGCCGGGCGGGGAUGACCCCAUGGCCCUGUGCCAGGACCUGUCUGGCUGCGAGACGGACGACUCCAAGUGCCGGGGCCUGGCCGGGGAGGGCACGGAGCCCCUGGAGCGCCAGGUGGAGUGGCUGUGGGAAGAGCUGCUGCAGGAGCGACGCCAGGGCCAGCUGCAGGCCAUGGACUUUGAGCUGGAGCGCAAGACAUGGCAGGAGGAGAAGGAGAAGGUGCUGCGCUACCAGCGGGAGCUCCAGGCCGGCUACAUGGACAUGUACCACCGCAGCCAGGCCCUGGAGCGGCAGCUGCGGGCCCUGCGGGCCGAGCCCCGCAAC